GUCAGGCACACCGCCUACUUAGGUGCGUCCACCCAGCCUAUAGUUUUAUUUACGUAUUUUUUUAGCAGUGUGUAUUCAGGCAGAACUUAAAAAUUGCCAAAUGCCUCGGAAGCAGACAGUUGUGUAUUAAGCAGGCAGUAGGAGGCUAGAUUAUCAGAACACAUGUAGGCUACAACCAACAUGAAUAACUCCUUCUCAAGCGACGGCACCAAUUUCUCCGCUUCUUCUUUCUUCUCGGGCAACAGGAGCGAGUCUCUGCCCCUCCGGCUGAAGUCCAGCGCCGUGGCCACCUCCGCCACCAUGUUCGCGGUGGGCGUCCUCAGCAACCUCAUCGCCAUAGUCGUCCUGUGUAUCUCCAAGAAGGAGCAGAAGGAGACCACCUUUUACAUGCUGGUGUGCGGGAUGGCGGUUACCGACCUGCUGGGCACCUGCUUUACCAGCCCGGUGGUCAUCGUCACCUACGUGACCAACAGGUGGCCCGGAGGGGAGCUUCUCUGUCACUUAUUCUCCUUUUCCAUGCUUUUCUUUGGGUCUGCCGGCAUGUCCAUCCUGUGCGCAAUGGCGGUGGAGCGCUACCUGGCCAUAAACCACGCAUACUUCUACUCGCAGUACGUGGACAGGACAAUGGCGAGGCUCGCUCUCACCGCCACCUACUUAGCCAACGUCGUAUUGUGCAUCAUGCCCAGCUUUGGCUUCGGCAGGCACGUCAGACAUUUCCCCGGCACUUGGUGUUUCUUGGACUGGAGGGCGAUGGACCCCCUGGCAGCUGCAUACUCGUUUCUUUACGGCGGGGUGAUGCUGCUCCUGAUAGCCGUGACUGUCCUCUGCAAUUUCGCCGUCUGCAGAUCCCUGGUGGGAAUGAGCCAGAGGACCCGCGUAGUGAGAGCCGAGGUGUGCGAGCAGGACGGCUCCAGGCGUAGGUUUCCCAAGCUGCCCUCAGUCACAUCGGCCGCGGAAAUCCAGAUGUUCUGGCUGCUGAUCUUCAUGACUGUUGUGUUUCUGAUCUGCUCCAUUCCCUUAGUGGUGCGGAUCUUUGUAAACCAAUUGUAUGGCCCAGCUCGGAUAUCAGCAGGAGAAAAGCCGGAUUUCCACAGCGAUCUCCUAGCAAUACGAUUCGCCUCCUUCAAUCCCAUCUUGGAUCCAUGGGUGUACAUCUUGUGUAGAAAGAAUCUGCUUGUAAAAGGCUGCGAAAGGCUGAAGCGGGCGUCUGGGAUCGUGCGCGCAGAUCGCAGCCGUAAUUUAGGCUGGACAAGUGGGCAGAACACGCUCCCGUCGUGCGCUGACAGCAACCCCACCAGCUGCGCCUCUCUGCGCACUGGCAACUUCAGGCGAGACUCGGGAAGUCAGACCAUCAUCAGGACCAAGUCGUUCACAGACUUUACUGCGCACCAGUCCUGGGAGUACGAUUCCGCGCGGCCGAGUUUUCAUCCCUUUAGCGUGGACUAGGAUGCCAGAGCGAGUUUGGACCACGACUCCACUGAUCCGACCCAGAUCGGCAGAGGAUGAAGCCGUUUCCAGCCCAGGUUUACAGGGGGUGACACCCCGCCGGAGUGCCGGGUGCGCGCACGGGGUACAUUGUCACGUGCAGCUGCACCACAAAUCUGAGAAGUGCCUUUAUUUAAGCACCGUGCAUGGAACGUGAACUGCGCUCUUUAGCGAAUGCGAGAAAUUAAGUCCCGCAACGAUAAUGUCAUGUGCUUAGUCAAUGAACUGUGGUUAAAUUCAUAUAUUCGAAAUAGUUUUUUUAACGCAAUCGAAAUAGCUUAAAUGUCUAUUUAAACGCGCAAAUGAAAUGUUUGAGAUAUAUUUUUGUCAAUACAACAAAAUGAUUUACAGUAGGAUUACUUGCUACCG